AUGCCUGGAGAUCCAGAGAAGCUGAAGACUGAGGUGCUAAUGCCAGCUCGUGACAAAUUCCUUAAGUUUGUCACAAACUUCCUCAAGAAGAACGCUGCUCACGGUUACCUCGUGGGUGACAAGAUCAGCUGGGUGGAUGUGCUAAUCGCUGAACAUAUGGCCGAUAUGUGCAGGAUGGUUCCUGGAUUCCUUGAUGGAUUCCCAGAGGUCCAGGCUCAUAUGAAGAAAAUACAAGAGAAUCCAAAAAUCAAGAAAUGGAUUGAGACUCGUCCACAAACGGCGUUCUGA